AUGGACAACCCUUCUAACCCUUCAGCCCAAGAAAACCAAGAAAAUCCACCCGCUUAUGGGGACGUGGUAUUCAGCGAGGAAGAAGAGCGGGACCGCAAGAGAACGCAGGCUCGGAUCUUUGCCAGUGCAGAAGCUGUGAGGAGAGUUUAUGGUGACUGUAUAGCGAAACUUACUGUCGACGAUAAAGGGAUUCGAUUCAGUUUGAAAUGAGGCCCUGGAAGCUGCCAGCCAUACGACGUUGCAUCGAUAAGAAGUGCAUCCUGGAAGAAUGUAAAGGUUAAUGGCAAUCUUAUAAUACAACCUGAAAAACAUAUGCUACUCUUGUGACUAAAAGCACGACUACCUGAC